AUGCUAAUUAAUUCCGUCAGAAAGCGGCGUUGCGACGCACAGAAGCCGUCGUGUUCGCAUUGCAUCGAACUGGAUGUUGAGUGUCACUACGAUGACACGCCAUCACAAAGAAUUGAUGCGUCGGGAGGCAGCCGCGAGAUUCUCGAUAGGUUGCGCAACAUUGAGACUCUCGUCCAGAAACAGUCGGAGUGCAUAACUGCUCUCUCCAGCGCUCAGAUACACAGUCUGAGCGAUGAACCAACGCCACAGAGUCAGCAUUUACCGCCGGCUGUAGACACGCAGCCUCAAAUUUGGUCAUCCUCUCGUCCGGGUGUCUCGCCUGACUUGUCAAACCUACCGCCUCUCACCAUUCCCGUGAAGCACAAGACAUCAUCAACUUACCUAUUGACCUUACCAUCCGUCAGAGCGUUAAUUGGCGACUAUCCCACGGAUCUAUUUUUCAGAUUUGAACUGCGGAGCUGUCAUUCACCUCUAUUUUCUCUUGAAACGUGUCUUUUACCUACAACUUCCGUUAAUAUCCAACGUGAAAUUGCGGACCACUUAGUGUCAGCUUUUUUCUCCGUUGUCCACCCUAAUCACCCUAUUCUAGAUCCCAAGGACUUCGAGAAUUGCUACGAAAGAUUUUUGGAGAUGGGGCCUGAUCAUAGCCCCGAGUCUACGCUAUGCAUGGUCGUUUUAGCGCUGGGAGCCGUUGCGACAGCCACGCCAGACCUCGAAGCAUUUAAAACAUCGCCUCCAGGCAUGGAGUAUAUACAGUACUCUAUGUCUACUCUUAUAUCCUUUUCUGCAUGGUCCCUUCCUUCGAGCAUGGUAGUGACUCACGCCCUAGUCCUAGCCAGUGUCUAUUUUGCUUACAUCGUCCGACCCCUUCAAAGCUGGCGUCUAAUCCAUUCCGCAUCAACAGUACUGCAGAUAAACCGAGUAGGGAUCGAUUUACCCCAAACGUUACCAAGCGAUAUCAACGAUGCAGAGCAUCUUGCACGUCUCUUUUGGUCCUGCUUCCUCGUUGAGUGUGAUCGGCUCGCUGAGCUUGAGCUCCCACGGAGUGGACUGGAAGAACUAACAGACAACAUCUAUCUUCCAAGCUGCACUAAUCUCGGAGUUACAGAGUCAACCCAUUAUCUCGCGGAAAUAUCAAUUCGACGCUUGCUCAACCGCAUUCACAAUUCCUUAUAUCCAGGCAAGAAACACCCGCUUUCACAACCAGCAAUUACGUCGUUGAUAUCGGAUGACUUUUCAAUGGAGGAGGUGGCUUCACUUGAUGCUGUCUGUAACGAAUUGCGCUCACAGCUGGAAACAUGGUAUUCCUCUAUACCGGAGGAUUUCCGGCCGAACCUUGAAGACACCGCUACAGAAAGCCCUGCAAGUCGACAGACGAUAUUAAAAAUUCGUUACUUUGCAGCCCGACAUAUUAUUUACCGGCCAUUUUUACUUUGUAUUGUUACACACGGCUCUAACCGCGCACCACAAUCGAUGGUUGAGAAGGCCGGUCUUUGCAUUGAGAGUUGUCGAUGCUCCCUUGGUGCGAUUAUAAUUCUUACUUUGGCUUCUUUGAAUCGAGAUCUACAAGAUCUUGUACCCGAUAUCGAAGAGCUCCAGACUAUGGCAAUUGACAACUUUCGACCGUGGGCAUUUUCUAGUCUUGAAGUGGUUGUGUCAAUUUUAGAGGAUAUUCGGAAGAAGUGCAGGCUUCUUGUGCAAGUAUGA